GACAACAUGAAGCUGCCACUUUUGAUGUUUAUUGUGUGUCUGCUAUGGUUGAAAGACUGUCACUGUGCACCCACUUGGAAGGACAAGACUGCCACCAGGGGCAACCUGAAGGGUUUUUCUGAGGCUGCGGAAAUAGACGCAGCUGGAGAGGUGCAGACAGCUUUGACGGGCGUCAAGUGGAUGAAAAUCAUGAUGGCGAGGAGAGAGGAGGAACACAGCUCGCUGAUGAAAAUCCUGAGGAAGUGCGCAGAAGAAAAGCAGUGCCUCCCACACACUCACGAUGGGGCUGGCUUGAACCACCGGUACCACAUGCGCGUCCCAAGACUCAAGCCGGUGGAAUACUGCCCCAGUGUGCCUGGGCUGCACAGAGAACUCAGUGAGGCCCUCAGACUGGUCAAUAUAUCCAGUCAGCAGUACGACCAGGUUGUGCGGAUGACCCAGUAUCACUUGGAAGACACCAUGUAUCUGAUGGAGAAGAUGAGACAGCACUUUGGCUGGGUUUCUGAGCUGGCCAACCAGCUCCCAGGACCUGAGGACAUCUUCGGUCCAAUGAACGAAGCUCCACGUGUUCAAGAAGGAAAUUCUUCCAACCACGAUGACACAAGUAAGCCUCCGAGCCUUCCGCCGGCCCCUAAUUUCACACUCAAGAGUUCUCUUGAAAAGAAUGUCAGCACCUCCAGCUUCAUGGAUUAUGUGGUCGAGAAGGUUCUUCAGCACAUGAAGGAACACUUCAAAGCCUGGUAA